UUUUAUAUUUUAAAAUAAUUUUUACAACACUUUGAGUUAAGAUUUUAUUACUGGUACAAAUAAUAAAUACAAAAGCAUUUGGUUCGAAAAAGAAAUAAUAAGUUUAAUUCUAAAUAUCAAUUUUAUGAUUUACUAGAUUUGGCCCAUGGCUCUGUAGUACAAGGAUUCCGGGAUUAAUAUUUCCACGUGAUAAAAAGUAGCACUCAGGAGUUUGGAAUGUAGUUUCCUAUUGGUAAAAAAUUUUUCAAAUUUGGUUCAGUAGUUCUCCAGAACUUCGUAAAAGUAACUACAGACUACGUAAAAGUUUGUAGAUUUCUAGAGGCUAGUCUCUAGAUUAGCAAAGUGCAAGCACAGAUUAGUGCGAGAUUUGAUAUAAUCAAUAUAUUCUAGUAUUUUAGUAUAGGGAAGUGGAGCAGAAAAAAUAAAUUUGUAUAAAUAUGAUUUACAAAUGCAUAAAAAAAAAUCUACGUUCAAAUUACAACUGUGAACGACCAAAAAAGAUUUAUAAUUACAAUUGUUUUACUAAUUUGCAGAGAAAAAGAAUUAUCCGGACUAGACGUAUUAAAAAUUCAAAAUCGCAAAAUGUUGAGUUACGACUAUAUGAUGUCGUGUGCGAGUUGUGAAUUGUCAAAUGUCAACAUUACUUUUAUUAGUUAAAUUGUCAUGUGUUCUGUGUACAUUAUAUUGAAGAUUUUAUAAAUCAAUAUACAGGACAUAUACAGUGAUUAUAAUUAUUAAGAACGAUAACAUCAGUUAUUAUUGACUAAUUUCCCACAUAAUGUCAGAUCCUGUCUCGAUCUUGCCGCAUAUAAAAUAAAGUGAUUUUCUUAUCUUACUCCCUAGGCAGACAGACUUACUAGAUAUGAAGUUGAAAUGUUCACAUUGUUCCAAGAGAUUUAAGUAUGAAAGUGAGAGAAAAAGGCAUGAAGAUAGCCAUUCUCCAAAUUUUCAGUGUGCUGUAUGUUCCAAGAAGUUUAGUUUCCUCUCAGCACUACGUCGGCACGAGAAGCAGCAUGAUAGAAAAAAUUAUGUGUAUUGUACAUGUGGUAAAAAGUUUAGAGAUGAAAUAUUGCUUAAACGGCACAUCAACUAUGCACACAAAGGUACAUUUAAUUGUGAGAAAUGCAGUGCAUCCUUCAAUAGUGAUACAGCGCUACAAACACACAUGAAGACGCACAAACCUGAGUCUGAAAGAAAAUUCAAAUGUACUUUUGAUGGUUGUGGGAAAUCAUUCAACUUUCAUCAUCAUUUGAAACAUCACAUACUUACUCAUACAAAUGCAAAACAGCAUUACUGUGAUGUUUGUAAAAAAGGUUUUAUACAAUUGCAUCAUCUGAAAGCGCAUCUUAAUACUCAUAAUCCAGGUAGUUGGUUGUACUGUAUAGAACCCAACUGUAAGAAAAAAUUUACCACAGAAUAUGCAAGGAAGAGACAUUUACUUACACAUAAAGUCAACGCAGAGGCUGAAAAUACUAGUCCAUUAGAUACUAUUAGUAAUGAAUCCCCGGCAAGGAAUUCUAUGAUAGGUGUGGUUGAUAGUGACUUAAAGAAUAGUGAAUUACUUAAAGACAUUGCAUGUGUUGCAUCGGCAAACACAAUAACAGAACCACAGAAAAGAACAAAGUCGAUAGAAGAGCCUCCAAUCAAAUUUGAGGAACAAGCUUCAGAAUCAUAUGUAAAAAAUUUAAUUGAUUGUAAAACUGCAGUAGGAGGAUGUCUUAUGAAAGCGGAAUCAGAUAACAACAAUUGUUUGUGUGCACAAAUGUCAGAAAAUACAGAGACACCGUAUGACUUAUCACCUAUUGUCGAUAAAGUAAAAUCCACCAAUAAUAAUGUAUUCAAUUGUAAUCCUAGUACAGCCAACUGUGAAGACUGUGAAUGUGCUAGUGUUUGUUCAUUGAGCAAUACUAAACCACCGGGCAUGAAUUUCUAUGAUCCCGGCGAAAAUGUUAAACCAAAUAUAGAAAUAGGUAUAAAUGGUGCUAUUAAAAUAAAGGAGACAUUUGAUAUUGAGUUAAAAAAUGAUGUUUAUAGCCCAGCAAUAACUAGUCACAAUGAUAUAGAGUCUUUUCCAUACAACAGUUGCAAGGCUGUGUUAGGGAAUUGUAUUGUAAGUGGCAAUGCAACUAUUGGUGAAGGUUGCUUGUGUAUGAAAAUGAAAAUAGAAGAACAACAAGUAACACCUGAAGAAAUAGAAGAAAUAGUGCCUCAUCCUAGUGACCCAAAGUUAUACAGUACUGUGAUAAAUAUUUAAUAAAUAGUCAUAUAGACAUACAGUGUGCAUGGAUUAGUUAAAUUUUACGAAUUACGAUAUUCGUAUUAUAUUGAUGUAGUUAAAUUAUUAUUACUGAUAUGGUGCUUAAUAUUGUAAUGAAGAGAUUAUGUCUGUAUGUAGAUAAGUGAUUAUAGUGAUUAUGUGAUAAACAUAACUGAUGUAGAAACAAAAUGUUAUAGUCUUUAUAAAUGUAUUUCAAUGUGAUAUUUAUUUUUAGGAAAUACAAAUUGUUUUUAUAGUAA